GAAUGAGACACGCCUUUUUCUCGGCUCCGUUGUCGGGUCGGUGGGCAGCGGACUGCUGGUGAUUGACCAGCUUCUCUCCCUGAUCUGUCAGCCGGCUGGAUUGGCGCCUCCCCUCUCCUCUAUAAAUGUAGGAAAUCUAUUCAUUCCUUUCACAUCGAGCCUGCUGAAGUAAGAGGAACUACGAAGCUCAACGGGAUGUGUUGACAGGCUACAAUUCCGCCUUUUCGUUAUCUUAUUCUCUCUCUAAUUUGCGGCCGUAUUAGUUUUUUUCUGUGUUAACAGCGACGUGCUAUAAUCUUAAAAUACCUCUCGCCACCAGUAGUGUAAUUGCUCGAUUUGUCGUUGCUUCUCUCUGAGCCGUUGGUUAUCUAAGAUGAAGGCUGUUACUCCAGUCCGCCCCCAGGACUCCUCCUCCAGCGGCAGCCAGCUCUCCCUGCACUAUCUGUCGAAGCAGAGCCUCAACAUCGCCCGGUGCAGGAUGGAAGAAGAGGACCUGUUCUGCCUGCAGUACGACAUGAACGACUGCUACAGCCGGCUGAAGCGCCUGGUGCCCACCAUUCCGCAGGAUAAGAAAGUCAGCAAAGUGGAGAUCCUCCAGCAUGUCAUAGACUACAUUCUGGACCUGCAGCUGGCCCUGGAGACGCACCCUUCUCUCCAUAAACAACAGCCUCAGUUGACCGGGACCUGCCCUCCUCGAGCCUCGAACCCCAGCAGGACACCACUGACGGUGCUCAACAUUGAUCAGCACCAGAGGACGUCUAUAGUCAAAAAGCCGGAGGACUCGAUUUUAUGUCGCUGAGACUUGAGCACUGCAUUGGUGUGCAGGCUGCACAGAGCCGCUCCAAAGCCAGCAAAGCUUCGCCAGGGACUCACACCCAACUGGAGGCACAAUCACAAGGGGAUUUCAAAACCGCUGGGAGGAAUUAAACCCAAAUAAAAUCACUAUUCAUAUCAGUUUUUUUUUUUUGUUCCAUUGAACAAGGACUCAGUGUGUAGACAUCUCCCCAUCCUUCCUCCUGCUUAAGUUGCUCUCACUUCUUGUCACUUUUUUUUUCCCCAAAAAGAGUGAAAAUAUGGGAUCCCCAUGCUGACAAGUUUUUUGUUGUUGUUGUUGUUGUUGUUGUUGGAAACCCAUCUAUCAACAGCUAUGAAAACUGUUUGUGAAUUGUGCUUAAAGAGUAACUAAAAAUGACUCCAGUUUAAAGCUUUACUAAACUGCGAAAAAUCCUUGUAAAUGUUUUUUUUUUUGGACAUCUAUUGUUUAAAAUAGAUGAUUUGUGUUGAACAGGGAUUGCCAUCCCUGGUUUCUUAAAAUGUUUGAUAUUGUAAAGAAGAACAAUUCCGAUUCGAGACAAAUACGAUUGUAAAUAUAGAGACGCAAAUGUUCUAUAAAAGUAUGUGAAAGGAAGACUUAUAUGCUUAAAAUAGACUAUUGUAAUUAUAAGAUAUUUUUAUUAAAACCUUUUUUUUUUCUGUCAUUAUGUAAAUAUUGUGUUUACACUUUAGUGAAUGAACGUGGUUUUGCUCUGCCAAUAAUGUCCUCACAUGAUGAUAUCAGUUAACUCUUUGCAGUGUUCUUUGGACUAGUUUAAUAUGUAGCAUGUCAGGCUCAUUGCAGAGAUAUUGAAUGUGCACUGAAGCAGCCCUGCCUGUGUAGAUAUGUGGUGGAGUUCAAAAACGAGUUCUUUGAUUAUUUGACCUGCUCAGCUUUCUCUUGAAUCUUUUUUUUUUUUUUGUACUCAUUUACUUUGACAGCUUUGACCCACUCAGAGAGAUGGGUGGGCCUGCUGUUUGAUCUAUAAAAGAAAGAAAGAAAGAAAAGAAAAAGAGAGGGGGGGCUUAAUUUGAUUCUGUUACAUUGCACUCUUGUUAAAAAGUGAUCAUAAUAACUACGGCACUUCUUACAGUGUUUACGAUGUAAAAAAAAAAAUCACUGCAACACACUCUCAGAUUUGUGCAAUCAGAGCUUCUCCUUGAGAAGUUAAUGAUUGACGCCAAGAAAUCAUUAAACUUUGGUUAUAAAUUGGUUCCAAAUGUGAACAUUAACAGACUCUUUUUUUUUUUGUUGCUGUUGUUGUUCUUUGGAACGGAGACGUCUGUACGCGGAUGUGAAAAGUCUGGAGAGUCAUCCAGUCAUUAUUAAUAUAAAAGUGGAGUAAAGAAAACAAGAAUCUUUAUUUUUCAUGACAUUGAACACCGAAUUUACCUCACCACCCUCCUGCCAGUGUGAGAGGGCACUUGUACAUUACUGUCAGCUGCACUGUCGGACUUGACCUUCACUGGCUUAUGAGGAGUUGUCAAAACAAUUAAAAGUUUCCAGGAAGAA